CGCUUACCGCCUCUCUCCGCUUGUGGAAACAACUAAUUGAUUUAUAACAACGAACUUGUCAAAACUUAUGACGCAAUUUAUAGUGCGGACCAUACUUUGUGAAUAUUCUGACGUCACCCCGUUAACUCUGCUAACUUUCAAGGAAUGCAUGUAGUAAACUGCCGUCAUGAUGGGCGCAUCGAACGGCGUCAAGGCGGCCCUCUGCAUAUCUCUUCUGCCUGAUUUCCUCUUCCUUAUAGCUGGCUCAGGCACGGAAGCGACCGUCGACGAUACGACCAUGGACAUUUCAUCACGGCGCUUCCGAGCCGAAUUUCUUCAAGAAUGGCAAGGAUCAUAUGACUCACCGUACUUUGACAUGACUACGCCGAGAAAUGUCACUGGCUUGGUUGGACAUCCAGUGAAAUUGCUUUGCAGGGUCAAGAAUUUGCAGAAUCGAACUGUAUCAUGGGUGCGUCACCGUGAUAUCCACUUACUGACGGUGGGGCGGUACACAUACACAUCGGAUCAGCGCUUCGAGGCGCAGCACAAGCCGCGCUCCGAAGAGUGGGAGCUGCGCAUACGCAGCCCACAGCGGCGCGACUCUGGACAGUAUGAGUGUCAGAUCUCUACAACACCGCCUAUUGGAAUGCCUGUUUAUCUGAAUAUUGUCGCACCCGAAACAAUAAUAUCUAGUGGUCCAGAGCUAUUCAUCCAAGCCGGGUCAACCAUCAACCUAACAUGCACCGUGAAGCAUACUCCAGAGCCACCUACUUCCAUCACCUGGACUUUUGGUGAACAGGUAAUAAACUUCGACUCGGCAAGAGGUGGAAUCUCCUUGGUGACAGAAAAAGGAAUAGUAAGCAAAAGUCGACUAUUGGUUCAGCGAGCUACAGGCAACGACGCAGGCUUGUACACUUGCGGCCCAAAUAACGCACCACCCGGUACAACUAGAGUUCAUGUUUUGUCUGGCGAACACCCGGCAGCGAUGCAACAAGGCUGCGCUAGAUUGUCCCUAGACAAGGCUGCGUCAAUACUUUUAAUUGGUCUUUAUAUUAUAAGUAUAUCGUUUAACAAUCUGCUCGGUACCUGAAUGUAGAUAAUAUGAAUGAGAAUAACUGAUUUUCAAUUACGAAAUACUGUAAUCCAGUACAAACAAAUCACUUCAAAUACGAUCCUAUGUAACCUUGUAGGGUUAACUUGAUUAGUUAACUACAUUUACAACGUUCAGAUAUCGACAUGUACAACUAUUAAUAAUUCAAAAUUGUAAAUGUUAAGUUUUAAUUGCUGUCUCGAAUUAAUAAGAGAGUAUCAAGUAAUAAUGUAACUUCGUCAAACUAUGGAGUUUAAAUGAUAAAAAUAUGUCUAUAACAGUUGCAAUGCCCCUAAGAGCUUUAAAUGGCAAAGAACUAAAGGGCCCAACCACUACGCCCAUCACCCUGAGACAUAACUUGAAAACUCUUAUGUAUCUAUAACUUUACCAGCACCCCUUCGAAACCGAAACGCAGUAAUGCUUACAUUAUUACUUGACGGCAUAAACAGGUGAGCUGGCAGUACUUCCCUGGAUUCCCUCCUUCUCUUCUCGGUUUUGAUUUGUCGCGCCCUUUUAAGUAACGGCGGCAGAAUUGUAAUAAUAAUCGAAAUAAAAUAUCGUGCCUUACUUUCUCAAACUCGUAUCUUAAAGCACAAAGUGACUGAAAUGCUAAAAAAUGAAUUGUAUAUCCAAAUUCGCAGGCUAAUUUCACAUCA